GCGUGGUGUGGCGGCGGGUUUUGAGGUGAGUGAGUAGAAGCCCGGCUGACAUCUAGCUUGUGGGCGCAGCUGCUAUCGGUGGAUCUGCCCGCGGCGCGGAGACUCUUGCUCCGGGUUAGACGGCAUGGUGUGGCGGCGGCUGUUUGGAGGAGUUAUCGGUGGAUCUGCCCGCGGAUGCAUCACACUCGCGGAAGCUCGAGCCCGAGCUCGUGCUCGUGUUCGUACUCCUGCUCCUCCUCUCAAGCUCGUCUAUGAUAACACCACCACCUCCUUGUUCCUCUUCUCCGAUAUCUGCUACAACCGGGAGUUCACUGCAUAUGGCUGCCCCGAUACGACGUUGCUCGAUCACCUGAGCUACGCUCAUGGAAACAUCUGUCCCAAGAAGCGUCGUACACACGCAAAUGCCCUUUACUGGGGAGCGCCUUGGAGCAUUCCAGCCUACGUGUAUGACAACGAGAUGGAGCCUUCAAUGACGCCGCUGGAACCAUGCCAGAUCAGGAGCAUCGAAGCUGUGGGCUGCAUCUCCACAUUCGAGCUUGGCCUGCGGUGGCAAGGCCCUCCUGCGCAAUUCGUGAUCAAUGAAACUCUAGGAAAGCUCGAUGCUAAACAAGUCCUCGUCUAUAAGGAAGCGGAUUCCAUCUGGCGAAAUCGGGUCUCCACCGGCUACAUCCUUCUGGCGGUUCCCACCAAGGCAUUGGAGUAUGGAGCUCUGGACUGGGUUGUCAACUACGAGGACUACCGGGGCAUGCCAAUGACAAUGUCGGCCAGGAAGGUCAUCCAGGCGUCUCGUGACCGCAGACAGGAUCCUGACAAGGAGCUGAGCGCUGUGGACGCGAUCGGGAUCAGAAAGUGUGUCGUGGUGGAUCUCCGCGGCAUUGGCGUCAAUAGAAAGGUGGGCCUCUUUUUCUCCGAAGAUGCUCUACGUGACGUGCUGCUGAGUGUGUCUGGCACCAAGCUUGUCCCUGCUAAGGCGCUCUUUGACGAUGGUCUUUGGGACAAGCUUGGUGUCCAGGACAGGGUGGCCAAGGACGCGGCCGUAUGUGACAUAAUGCAUUCUCGGGGCAUAACAGAGAUGGUGCUGCUCAAGUCGCAGGAUUCUGUGGUGCCAAAGACACUCGGCACUUUGAUAAGGGAUAUGAUUGGCAAAAUGAAGAUGUCUUAGAAUGUUUCUCAUGUUUUGUUAU